AUGAGAGAUCACCUGGUUUUGUAUGUGGAUCGUCUGGUGAGGCCGGUGCCAUUACAGCCGGUGGAGUUGGAGGCCGCUCCCUCCCCGGAUGCAUCGUGUUCCGCCAAAGAGAAAGAAAUCGUCCGAGGAGGCGACGAGGAGGAGCCACUCAUUCAAGCGGCGGAGUGCCUCAUUUGCCAGGAGGAAGAUUCCAAUAAUAAUCUUGAGACUCCUUGUGCCUGCAGCGGCCGCCUCAAGUAUGCGCAUAGGAAAUGCGUGCAGCAUUGGUGCAAUGAGAAAGGAGAUAUCAUUUGCGAGAUAUGCCAUCAGCCUUAUCAACCUGGUUAUACUGCUUCGCCUUGUGACCAAACCGAAGAAACUGCAAUUGAUAUUGGUGGAGUCUGGACAAUCUCUGGCAGCCCUCUGGAUUUGGGCGAUCCUCGACUCUUGGCCAUUGCAGACGCAGAAAGGCAACUUUUGGAAGCAGAGUAUGAUGAAUAUGCUGCAUCAAAUGCCAGUGGAGCUGCCUUUUGCCGUUCCGCUGUUCUAAUCUUAAUGGCCCUUUUGCUGGUGCGGCAUGCAUUGACUGUUCCAGAUGCUGAUACGGAGGAUGAUGUGUCUACUUUUUUCUCUGUUUUCUUGCUUCGUGCUGCUGGAUUUCUCUUGCCAUGCUACAUAAUGGCUUGGGCCGUCAGUAUAUUAAAGCGACAAAGACAAAGACAGGAAGCAGCAGCAUUGGCUGCAACACAGAUUGCAUUUGUGCUACAGUCCGGGCAACGCAGGGGCGUGCAUUUUACCAUAACAUCAGGACCCACAGUGACCACCCACCAGGAAAGUGCUUGACCUCAAGCCCUCUUAAAAUUGAACUGGUAGUUGAUGAACAAAUGAAGAUUUUUUACGUUAUUGAUAGACUCGGAAAGCUUUAUAUUUCUAUUCUGUUUAACCCCAGAUAGAUAAAACUUAAGAA